AUGGGAAGCGAUAGCGAAGUAGAGAAGACGGCGCAAAAGGAGAGGGAGAGGAAGAAGAUGCAGGCUCUUGCUCCCAUAGCCAAACCCCUUGCCGGCAAGAAGCUCUGCAAGCGAACCCUCAAGCUUGUCCGCAGAGCUGCUGAGAACAAAUGCUUGAAGAGAGGAGUGAAGGAGGUAGUCAAAAGCAUAAGGCGAGGCCAAAAGGGGUUAUGUGUUAUUGCUGGGAACAUUUCUCCUAUUGAUGUGAUCACUCAUGUUCCAAUCUUGUGUGAAGAGGCUGAAAUUCCAUAUCUUUAUGUGCCCUCAAAAGAAGAUCUUGCAAAUGCAGGGGCCACCAAGAGGCCAACUUGCUGUCUUCUGGUGAUGACCAAGCCUUCCAAGGGGGAAUUAGGCCAAGAGGAACAAGAUAAACUAAAGGCAGAUUAUGACCAGGUUGUAGGAGAUGUUUCUGAACUUCAAUCCUCCCUUUUCUGA